AUGUCUCUCUGGAGUUCCUACAAGACUCUGUCGCCCAAAACGCGCGCCAUGAUAGGCGCGGCUCUUAUGCUGAACGCCUCGGCCAUGCUCCUCUUCUCCGACCAGGUUGAAGCUGCGCUCGGCGUGACGCCCACUCCGGAAGAACAGCAGAAUGUGUUCAAGUUGUACAGCGUCGAAAAGGAGAAGAAGGGAUGA